GUCGUCUACUGAACGACCUAAGUCAAUGCACUCAAACUCGGAAACUUCGAGGUUCAUGGGAUGAAAUUUACAUGCUUUCUCAAUUCCAAAAUAGUAAUAAUAAUCGAUUUCUUUUGCCUUUUCCUCCCUUCCAAUUCUUUUCCACGAACUGACCCAUGUUCUUCUUUAUUUAUCUCAAAUAGCUUUAUUCAUGAGUUUCUGCUUUGUUUACUCAUCAGAACAAAGAAGAUGGGAGGAAAUUUAAGGAGAUUGAUAAAAAAGAGUUGGUUACAGCUUUUGAGCUUAAUACUUUAGCAGAUCUGUGUUCGUCUUUAUUUUUCUUGGGUGUCCGAGUGUUUGUGUACAAAAUCCUUUCGGUUCUUUGAUUUCUUCCCGAUUUGGAGUUUUGGGUUUUAUUGCGCAGCCAAGUUAUGGCAUCCGUAGUUGUUGCAAACGCCGCUCUGGGUGGAGCAUUUGAAAGGGUAUUUUCAUUGUUGUAUGAAGCAGUUACGGAUGUGAUAAACAAAACCCGCAUGUACGAAUCCAUUCUCGAACGGCUCAAAGACAGGCUAGAUCUUAUGCGCCCUCUGGUUGCCGAGAUGGUAUUGUCAAACAGGGAACGGGAUCUCUCAGAAGAGCGAACAAAGCGCUUGAUCGAACGGAUGGUGAAGGGCGAGAAGCGCGUUAGGAAGUACUCCCAGCUCUCAUGGUGGAAAUACCUCAUGCGGUUCCAUUAUGCGAAAAAACUUAUUCAGUUGGAAAAAGACCUCAGCGGGUUCUUUAAAGUUGAGCUACCGGCUUGGAAUGCGAUGAAUGUGUUGGAGUCUGUGAAGGAUAUAAAGGAUAUUAGUCAGCGACUUAGUCGGCGACUGAGUUUGACCCGGCUGAAUAGUGUUCCGUCGUGCGUGGUUCCUCGAUUGCGUACUGAUUUUGUAAUUGGGUUGGAUGUGCCUUUGAAGGAGUUGAAAAAGCAGCUUCUUGCGGUGGAGGUGUCACUGCUUGUCUUGACUGCUCCCGGAGGAUGCGGGAAGACCACUUUGGUGAAAAUGCUUGGUCACGAUGACGACAUUAAAGGCAUAUAUGAGGAGAAUAUUUUCUUUGUCCCCGUCUCAAAAACUCCAAACCUGAAGGUCAUUAUACAAAAACUACUCGGCAAGGAUGAUCUGUCGCCUGCGUUUCAAAGUGAUGAGGAUGCAAUCGACCAGCUGGAACAAACGCUGCUAGAUCUAGUUAGGCAAAACAAACCUAUAUUGCUGAUCCUGGAUGAUGUUUGGCCUGGAUCGGAAUCCCUUCUAGAGAAAUUUGCGUUUGGUUUGCCUAAUUACAAGAUUCUAGUGACUUCAAGAACUGCCUUUCCAAGAUUUAGCUUCACAUAUAAGUUAAAACCAUUAAAUGAUGAUGAUGCAAUGGAACUCUUUUGUCAUUCAGCAGGCCUGCAAGAUAGUAGCUCCUCUUACAUUCCAGAUGGAGAAAUGGUUCAAAAGAUAGUGAAAGGCUGUGGGGGGUUUCCACUGGCCCUUAAAGUGGUUGGAAAAUCACUCUUUGGGAAGUCUGCAGUGACCUGGCACCUUAGAGUGGCGAAAUGGUCUCAUGGUUUUUCUAUCCUUGAUACUGAUAUUGACAGUGACCUGCUUGAGUGUCUUCAAAGCAGUCUAGAAUUCAAAGGUCAUGAGAUGAUCCUGAGGGAGUGUUUCAUGGACUUGGGUUCGUUUCCUGAGGACCAAAAGAUCCCUGUUGCUGCUCUCAUUGAUAUGUGGUCAGAACUAUAUGAACUAGUUGAAGAUGGCAUCCAUGUAAUUGCCAAUCUACAUGAAAUCAACACCCGGAAUCUAGCUAAUCUAGUGGUCACAAGGCAGGAUGCAGGUCUGGUUGGGAGCUACUCCAAUGAAGACUUCGUCUUACAACAUGAUCUUUUUAGAGAGCUAGCUAUCCAUCAAUGUAGCCAGGAGCCAAUUGAACAAAGGAAAAGACUGAUCGUAGACAUAAGUGGAAACAAUAUUCCCAAAUGGUGGAUGGAACAGAGGUUGCAACCUAUUAACGCCCAACUCUUAUCUAUCUCAACUGAGAACUACUGCUUACCUGGAUUUGUGGAGAAAAUGGAUAAAUUAAAGGCUUUGAUUGUCACAAACUAUGGUUUCUUUCCAGCCGAAUUAGGUAACAUUCAGCUACUUGGGUCUUUACCGAAUCUAAAGAGAAUUAGGUUGCAAAAGGUUUCAAUUCCUUCCAUUUUUAAGACCCCACCACCGUUAGGGGAUUUGGAGAAGAUAUCCUUGUUUAUGUGUAAUAUUGGUCAGAAUUUUAGGGACUGCAGUAUCGAGAUUUCAAAUGCAUGGUCAAAUCUGAUGGAGAUAAUCAUUGACUACUGCAAUGAUUUGGUGGAAUUUCCUACGUGGCUGUGUUAUACUGUCAGCCUUAAGAAACUCAGCAUAACCAAUUGCCAUAAGCUGUCUGCAUUGCCCAUAGAGAUUAGAGAGCUGACGGGUUUAGAAGUCCUGAAUCUUAGGUCUUGUACUAAUUUGUCAGAGUUGCCGGAAUCAGUUACAAGCCUCUAGAACUUACGCAUUCUUGACAUAUCCGACUGCCUAAGCAUUAGCAAGUUGCCAAAACAUAUAGGCGAGUUGCAUAAUUUGAAUGAGAUCCACAUGACAGGGUGCUUGAGAUUGUGUAAUCCAUUACCGCCAUCAACUAUGGAUCUUGAGAAGUUGAAGCAUGUAGUAUGUGACAAAGAGAGAGCCAAGUUAUGGGAGGCUAUCCAGGAGUUCCGCAUGGACGACACCCGUAUAGAGAUCAAGAUAGCUGAGAAAGAUAUCAACUUGAACUGGCUUGCUAAUCGUUUCUAAGAGUGAGUUCCGCAUGAAUGACACCUUCUGAAUUUUUUUUUAUGUUUUGUGUUAAUUCUGCCUUCUACAAUAAGUUGGGUUUGUACGGCCACCACCAAUAUAUUGCGAUAUAUUUGUUUAGUGCAAUGUGAUCUAUGCCCCAACUCAAUCCAAAGAAUAAAAAUGUAAUAGUAAUUCUAUA